UGAAAAGCUUUUUUAGAGUAGAAUGAAAGAAAAUAGCUUAAGAAUAACAAAGUAGACAGAAGCGGCCUUUUCUUGCAGUUGCUUUUUUUUGUCUAGUACUUGUCUCUUCUAAUAAUAGAUUAUGUGGAAUGCAAAUUCUAUUAAGCUUUCCUGAAUUCUGUGCUAAGAUGUGGUGCUUACGCGCCAUUUCCACUGUGUACAGUUGGAAAGGCUACUACUGUCUAUUACUUACUGAGUGAAAACUUUCUUAUACACAAAAAAAGUGAAGCCGAAUCAAUCAUAAAAAUAAUGAAUGAACAAUGUUCCUAUCAGAUGGAUUAUUGUUCUCCAUAUGUUUGGCUGAUACUGGUGCACUGUUGUUCCUGUUAAUAUACUUUCUCAUAACUUUAUCUGACUCGGAAUGUGAUUAUCUAAAUGCUCAAGAAUGCUGUGCUCGACUGAAUGUAUGGGUUUACCCAAGGAUAAUAGCUCAUGUGUUCGUCACAGCUAUUCUGCUGUUACAAGGACAUUGGAUAUUAGCACUAUUCAAUCUGCCAAUGACAAUAUGGCUAGCACUUGAAAUUUCCAAUGUGCCAAAGAGUAACUUAGGAGUAUUUGAUCCGACUGAAAUUUACAAUAGAGGUCAACUAAAAUAUCAAAUGACCAGAACUAUGGUCUGUUUUGGAUACUAUUUGAUAUUCUUCUUUACCUAUCUAUAUUGCAUGAUAGCAUCACUCUUAGAAGGCGAUCCGAUAAAUAGGAAGGAUGAAGGAGAAAUAAUUGAUAGACUUUGAACAGACUGCUUUUUGUUAAAAUAUCAACGAAUUUUUGUGGUAUUGUUUUUGAGGUAUUUUAAGAUAAGCUUACUUUGACAUAAGUAAAUAUAACUGUAAGUUGACUGUUCAGCUGUUUGUUUUACCUCCAUUAUUAUAGACUGACAGCUAUCUAUAUUAUUAUUAUGGCAGUACAGCCCUCUUUGUCAUAAUUGAUGAUUUUAUGUCAAUGUAUUUGUUGUGAUAGUAAAAGCAGCUCUUGUUUUUAGUAUAAAUUUUGUAUUGGAGGAAGAAGCAAGUUGUAUGUAAAACGUGAGUGCUCGUACACUGUAAAAACUUCCAUUCUUUUUAAUAUUUGUAUAAUGGGUGUAUAUUAAAAAAUGUAAACCUUUCCUGUUUUAUUAUUAAGUCAUGGAUUCCUUAUACAAAACCCAAAUUUGUUUAACGGCUUGAAUUCAAUGAGUACAAUAUGAGCGCUAUAGAUCGGUACUGGCCAAAAUCGCUCAUCUGUGAUCAUGGAGGUGGAAACCUUUCCAAACGAACCAGUGCUGCAAUGUUGCAGAAUUUGUGGGGAUCCUGACCUUCCACUUCGACAUAAAAUGGAGCGCCGUUAGGACCGAUCGGGAAUCAAUACUAAACAGAUUCCACACAAUCCAAAAAUGAAUACGCUCAAAGUGAAACCAUUAUUUGGCCGACAAAUGGAACAAUUCUACCGAGCGUUUCCGCAUGCAAGCCGCUAUAAAUGCUUUCUCCUGUCAAAAAAGUUACACUCGUACUAUUUUAAUAGUUUUUCUAAUUGUUUCCAUUGUAUCGUGC